UUUAUAGAUGGCGUGCUCCUGGAGUCGAGAGGAGGCUCGUGUGCAAAAGCUCAUGCAAGAAUGUUUGGAUGAAGAUGAUGAGGAGCCAAAGAGUGAUUUUGAGGACCAAGAAGAUGAUGGAGAAGAAGACAAUUUAAAAAGGCAAGAUUUGGAUAGUGAUACCGAACAAGAAACUUCGGAGACGGAAGCCACUGAUGAAGUCGCUAAUGGAAAUUACCCUGUGUUUAUUGGCAAAGAUGGAACUGAGUGGGCCAAACAUAUGACGAAAAGAAAUGUGAAAACCAGGGCGGAGAACUUGAUAAAGCAUCUUCCAGGGACGAAGUACUGAAUUCGAUAGUCGAAAAUACAAACAGACAUAUUGCCAUGAGUAGAGGCAAUUACCAACGUGAAAGAGAUGCAAAAGACACGGACAUAUUAGAAAUACAAGCACUGAUUGGAUUGCUUUAUUUAUCUGGGGUAUUGAAAUCUAAUCGACUUAAUAUUGAGGAAAUAUGGACACACAAUGGUACUAGCGUCGAGCUUUGUCGACUUACGAUGUCCCAAUGUCGAUUUCGAUUUCUGCUGAAUCAUUUACGUUUUGAUGAUUUGG